CUAUUUUCUCCUAAAAAAAAAACCUAACUUUUUCACAGUCGAGAGUUGUUUUGAUACAAUUUUUUACGAAACCUUCUCUUCUUCCCUUCUCUUCUCCCUCUUCUUCCCUUCUCUUCUCCCUCCCUCCCUCUUCUUCUUCUCUCUAUCUAUCUUGUUAUGAUUCCCGCCUACGUUUGUGGGUGUUGAAAUCCAACCAACCAACCCUAAUUUAUUAUCACUCUUUAUUAUUUUCUGAUAACCUACUCACGACCCACUUCCAAGAAUAAAUAAGAAUAUAUGUCCCAAAAUCAAUCAAGGUUUGAUAAGAACGAGUCACACUAUAAAAAGCCAGGUCGAUCUGGAAGUUCAGCUAAUCAAAGGAACUUCUCAGGUGGCGCUGGGAAGGGCGGCGGCGGUUCCGCCCCUCCUCAACCCUCUUCUUCUUCUCCUUCUUUAAAUAAUUCAUCUUCUUCCACAAACAGAAGCUUCAAAAAGUCUAGUAAUGGACAAGGAGGACAACCUAGGACAAAUGCUGUAGGUGCAAAUUCUGAGCCAAAUGUACAACGAGCGCACCCCCAGAAUGGCGCUAAUGUACAACCAAUAUUGCAUGGAGCACCUGAUGCACCAGUAUCAGGCGCUUCAAAUAAGCCAUCAAAUGCACCUGCUCCGAGAAGUAACCGGCCUGCACCAAAGGCUCCAUCUUCUCAAAUAACUGCUGGAGCUUCAGAAUCUACUGCACCUACAACGCCUGCUAAAGGGGACACAUCUAAUGCAUUUGCAUUUCAAUUUGGGAGCAUAAGUCCAGGUUUCAUCAAUGGAAUGCAGAUACCUGCUCGUACUAGCUCUGCUCCACCGAAUCUGGAUGAGCAGAAGCGUGAUCAGGCGCGCCAUGAUUCUUCUGGAGCUGUUCCCGUGUUACCAAUCCCUGCUGCUCCCAAGCAGCAGCAACCUAGGAAGGAUUUGGGUAAAGUUAACCAACCUAGUAGUGGAGAAUCCCCUGUUCCAAAUCAGGCCAAGAGAGAUGUGCAUUCCCAAGGCCCAGUUGUGCCUGUGGUUACGACAAUGCAAAAGCCGCAUGUCCUGCCUGGUACUGGAAUGACAAUGCCAUAUCAGCAGCAACAAGUUCCAGUUGUACCGUUCAUUGCCCCUAGCCCACAAGUUCAGUCGCAGGGUGUGACGGCGUCUGUGCAAAUGCCAAUACCUUUACCUUCCAACCAAAUGCAGCAGCAGGUGUUUGUUCCGAGCCUGCAGGCUCAUCCCCUACAACCACAGGGCAUGAUACAUCAGGCCGGUUUGAGCUUUGCCCCACAAAUUGGUCAUCAGCUGGCUCCUCAGCUGGGUAACCUUCCGAUGGGUAUGGCCCCACAGUUUGCACAGCAACAGGGUGGUAAAUAUGGUGGUACUCGAAAGGCUGUUAAGAUAACUCAUCCUGACACGCACGAAGAGUUGAGACUUGAUAAAAGGACAGAUGCAUAUAUGGAUGGAGGGUCUUCUGGGACGAAGUCACAUUCCAGUGUUACUCCCCAAUCUCAACCCAUUUCGCCAUUUCCGCCUGCCCAUCAGAUCAACUACUACCCUAUGCCAUCAGGUACUUACAACCCUAACAAUAUUUUCUUUCAGUCUCAGUCGUCUGUUCCUUUGAGCACAACUCAAAUGACGACAAGCUCUCCAGCACCUAGAUAUAACUAUCCAGGCAGCCAGGGUGGUCCACCAACCGUGUCUUUUAAGAACCCAUCUGCUCUUAACCCCUUGCAUGUCAAUAAGUCUGGAGGUCAGAUGCACGUGGAAUCAUUAAAUUCAGGGCAAACUCAUGAUACUCAAGCAUUGUCAGGUCUUGCUCCCGCCGCCGCUGUUGACGUUACAGUGAAGCCAGCUCCUGGGGCUCGUGGGGAAAAGUUUAGCUCUUCGGUUACAAUUAGUUCACCUCAUGUUAGCAAGGGUGAAGCAGCAAAAUUACUUGGUCCACCUAAAGCAGCUGGCCUGCAAUUUCCACAUGAAAUGACUACAGAUUACUCUGUUCAGCAAUCAAAAUCUGUGCUUGAACCAGUGAGCUCUGUUUCACCUUCAAUCACUAUCAAGGAUCCGUCUGCAGCAUCCGUCUCUGUGUCAGCGCAGAAACUGCCAUCCAGUAACUAUUCCUCUUCUGUUGUACCUCAGGAUGAAUCUUCAUCUCUUGGAGCCAACGCAGAAGGUAGAAGAAGAGAAAACGUUAGAAGGUCGGACUCUUUCAAGGAUCAUUUGAAGAGGACAACUAAGAAAGAUUUACAGGACUCUCAUUCACAACGCCAGGAAAAUGCCUCGGACUCUGUUGGUGCUUCUAAGUCUUUUUCGUCUGUUGUCUCUGGUGAAGUUGCAAAACGCCCUGAAAGUAGUCAGGAUCCACCUUCAGAGGUAGUUAAGUCAUCAACUAGUGGUUCUGAUGCUUCUGAAGAAUUAAAUGGUGCAACGAAUGGUGAGGGGUCACCCAGUGAACCAUUCAGCACUUGUGACCUUGGACGUGCAAAAGAAAAUGAGCAACCACUGGAAAUUCUAGUGAAAGAAAAAUCCUCACCGGAGCCGAAGUCAUCUGACAUUUCAGAAGACAAUGAACAUAAAGACGGAUCCAGAGGGAAAGAAGAAAACACCAGUGGAGAUUCUAGUUCCGCAGAAGCUGAGCAGGUGAUGGGAAAAACUGCUGCUUGUAGCUCUGAAGAUAACAUGGUGACAGGUGACGAUCUUGCACUAGCUUCCAGUGAUGCCAUAAAUGCUUGUACUUCUGUUUCACUUCCUGUAUCUCGAGAUAUUGCUACAGCAGCUGUGGAUUCACUUACAGUUGUAAAUGAAACCGCUGGUGGGAUAGAAGUAUCCAUGAAUGAUUCUGGUUUAUCACACCCAGACCCUGCUCCUGUUCUGUCACCAGCUUCAUCAGAAGUUAAAUCUGAGUUUGAAAGCAAAAACACCGAAAGUUCUGUUUCUGAUUCAAUUUCCACUUCAGGGGCUGUUUCUAAGGAUAAGCCCGAACUAACUAGGACGAAGAGCAACAUCACUGCGAAAGCCAAAAAAAAGAGGAAAGACAUUCUCAAGGCUGCGGAUGCUGCUGGAUCAAGUUCUGAUCUUUAUAAUGCGUACAAGGGUCCAGAGGAAAAGCAUGAAGCAUCUGAAAUUCUGGACAGUUCUCACAAUGCUAGUUCAAAUCUUGGACCUGGCGAAGAGGCGGAAAGGAUGUUACAGCCAGAAAAAGAUGCAGAGAGUAAAGCUGAGCCAGAUGAUUGGGAAGAUGCUGCAGAGAUUUCUACUCCAAAAUUGAAGAUCUCUGAUGACGGGAAGCAACUUGAUGGAGAUGGGAGUGGUGGUACUAGCAAAAAGUAUAGCAGAGAUUUUCUCCUGACAUUUUCAGAGCAAUGCAAUGUACUUCCCACAAACUUUAAUAUUGGUCCUGACAUAGCAGAUCUUGAUGAGUACUCAAGUAGCUUUUCUCAUCAUGUUGAUCGAGAACCAUAUCCAAAUUCUGGAAGAGUUGGUGAUAGACCGAGUGGGGGACCUCGGCCAGAUCGACGUGGCGGUGGUACGUUGGAUGAUUGGAACCAGGCCCCUGGUCAGUCUGCAGGAAGGGAUCCGCGCAUGGAACCAAUCAGGCACGCAGGAGGUUCUUCCGGAGGUUUUCGGCCUCAAGGAGGAAAUCAUGGCGUAUUAAGGAAUCCUCGGGGACAUCCACCUGGACACUAUACUGGUGGUAUUCUUUCUGGGCCAAUGCAACAUAUGGUACAACAGGGUGGGAUGCCAAGAAACAACUCCGAGGAAGGUCCGUGGAAACAUGCUAGGGGUCUUAUUCCUCCUCCUCUAACUCCACUGCAAAUAAUGCACAAAGCGGAGAGAAAGUAUGAAGUUGGUAAAGCAUCUGACACGGAGGAGGUUAAACAAAGACGGUUAAAGGCUAUCCUCAAUAAACUAACUCCACAAAAUUUCGAGAAGCUUUUUGAGCAAGUGAAAGAGGUUAACAUUGAUAAUGCUGUCACACUUACUGGCGUCAUCUCACAGAUAUUUGACAAAGCUCUUAUGGAGCCAACCUUUUGUGAAAUGUAUGCAAACUUCUGCUUCCAUCUUUCCAGUGAGUUGCCGGAUUUCAGCGAAAACAAUGAAAGAAUCACCUUCAAGAGAGUGCUUUUGAACAAAUGUCAAGAGGAAUUUGAGAGAGGUGAAAGAGAACAAGCGGAGGCUGAUAGAGUUGAGGAGGAAGGUGAGGCUAAAAUGUCUGCCGAGGAGAGGGAAGAAAAGAGGGUCCAAGCAAGAAGGCGGAUGCUGGGUAACAUUAGAUUGAUUGGUGAGUUGUACAAAAAGAGGAUGUUGACUGAGAGAAUUAUGCAUGAAUGCAUCACUAAGUUACUAGGUCAGUAUCAGAAUCCAGAUGAGGAAGACAUUGAAGCUCUAUGCAAACUGAUGAGCACGAUAGGGGAGAUGAUAGAUCAUCCCAAAGCGAAGGACCACAUGGAUGCAUAUUUUGAUAUGAUGUUGAAGCUAUCUAACAACAUGAAGUUAUCAUCUAGGGUAAGAUUCAUGUUGAAGGACUCUAUUGAUUUAAGGAGGAACCAUUGGAGGCAAAGAAGAAAAGUUGAAGGGCCGAAAAAGAUAGAGGAUGUGCACAGAGAUGCUGCCCAAGAACGGCAAGCACAGACAAGUAGGCUCGCUCGUGGUCCAAGCAUGGGUGGUGGUUCGGCAAGAAGACAACCUAUGGAUUUUGCUCCUAGAUCGAACAUGCUAUCUUCUCCAAACUCGCAGAUGAGUGGUCUCCGUGGUAUGCCACCUCAACCUCGUGGAUAUGGUGGCCAAGAUGCCCGCUUCGAGGACAGACAUCUUUAUGAGAGCAGGCCUUUGACAGUUCCAUUGUCUCAAAGGCCUAUUGACGAUGAGUCUAUUACCCUUGGACCACAAGGUGGACUUGCUAGGGGAAUGUCCAGAGGAGGACAACCAAUAAUAUCAGGUGUUCCUUUAGUUGAUGCUUCCCCUGUUCCUGGAGAUCCUAGAAGGUUUGGGGCUGGUCCAAAUGGUUACAGUUCAAUGUCAGAACAAUCACCAUAUGACCUAAAAGAGGAUCUUGCACCACGAUAUAUACCAGACAGGUUCUCAGGAAUACCUGUCUAUGACCAAUCAAACUCAAUGGAGCGUCCUACAUUUUUUGGCAACCGGGAUCCACGGCAGGUUGACCGCCCUACUGAUAGGUUCACACCUCCUUCUGCACGGGUGCAGGGAUCUACUACUGCCACACCAGUAGUUGUUCCGGAAAAAGUGUGGCCUGAAGAACGAUUGCGUGACAUGUCGAUGUCUGCAAUUAGAGAAUUUUACAGUGCCAAAGAUGAGAGGGAGGUCGCAUUAUGUGUCAAAGAAUUGAAUUCUCCAAGUUUCUACCCAUCCAUGGUAUCCAUAUGGGUAACAGAUUCUUUUGAGAGGAAGGACAUGGAGAGGGAUCUGUUGGCAAAUCUUCUCGUUAGCCUUAAUAGAUCACAUGAUAGCUUGCUAACUGAAGGCCAGCUAAUAAAAGGGUUUGAGUCUGUUUUCUCGACUCUGGAGGACGCUGUGAAUGAUGCUCCCAAAGCGGCCGAGUUCCUUGGUCGUAUCCUUGGUAAAGGCAUAAUGGAAAAGGUAGUUCCUUUGAGAGAAAUUGGGCGUCUUAUAAAAGACGGCGGGGAGGAACCAGGACGCCUUCUUGAGUUAGGUCUAGCAGCAGAAGUUCUAGGAACCAUCCUUGAGAUGAUAAAGUUGGAGAAAGGAGAGUCAGUCUUGAAUGAAAUCCAUAAAAGCUCCAAUAUAAGGCUGGAGGAUUUUCGAGCCCCAGCUCCCUCCAAAUCAAGGAAACUAGAAGCAUUUAUGUAGAGGACAGAGGAUGAUGCUAGUUGUUUCUUCUAACAAGAAGAAAGGUAGUUGGGACAUUGGCGGGACUUUUUCUAUCUAAAAAAGUUAUCUUUCUCAUCAUCCAGGGCCAACUUUUACAUCUUUGCCUGUUUUUUAUUAUUAUUAUAAUUUGUUAUUAUUAUUAUCUGUCCAA